AAACCCCUGCACUACGGGACCCUCCUGGGCAGCAGAGCUUGUGCCCACAUGGCAGCAGCUGCUUGGGCCAGUGGGUUUCUCACGGCUCUGUUGCACACAGCCAAUACAUUUUCCCUGCCCCUGUGCCAGGGCAAUGCCCUGGGCCAGUUCUUCUGUGAAAUCCCACACAUCCUCAAGCUCUCCUGUUCACACUCAGGCUACCUCAGGGAAAUUGGGCUUAUUGUGGUUGGUGUCUGUUUAGUGUUUGGUUGUUUUGUUUUCACUGUUUUCUUCUAUGUGCAGAUCUUCAGGGCUGUGCUGAGGAUCCCCUCUGAGCAGGGACAGCACAAAGCCUUUUCCACAUGCCUCCCUCACCUGGCUGUGGUCUCUCUGUUUCUCAGCACUGCCAUGUUUGCCUACCUGAAGCCCCCCUCCAUCUCCUCCCCAUCCCUGGAUCUGGCCCUGUCAGUUCUGUACUUGGUGGUGCCUCCAGCACUGAACCCCCUCAUC